CUUUAUCACCCCUCGCAUUGAAUGCUGUAAUAAUCUUGGACGGACAUGCUUCACGGAAACUCCGUUAGAAUUUUGACGGGGAACAGCCACCCCGAGCUCGCCCAGGCCGUGGUCGAGCGGCUGAACAUCCCCUUGACUCCCUGCACGGUGAAGAAAUUCUCGAACGGCGAGAUCAACGUCAAGAUCGCCGAAUCCGUUCGGGACGAGGACGUCUUCAUCAUCCAGUCAGGAUGUAGCGAUGUGAACGACAACCUCAUGGAGCUCCUCAUCCUCAUCUCUGCCUGCCGAGGAGCCUCGGCGAGGCGCAUCACCGCUGUCAUCCCCUGCUUUCCGUAUGCGCGGAUGGACAAGAAGGACAAGUCACGAGCCCCCAUCACUGCAAAGUUGGUGGCAAACAUGCUCGCCGUUGCCGGCUGUGACCAUGUCAUUACCAUGGAUCUCCACGCGAGCCAGAUUCAGGGUUUCUUCGACUUCCCGGUGGACAACCUCUACUCAGAGCCACUCAUGAUCUCUUACAUUAAGAGACACAUCGAGGGGUGGAAAAACAGUAUAAUUGUCAGUCCGGACGCAGGAGGGGCUAAACGAGUUACUGCAAUUGCAGACAAGCUGGGUGUCGAAUUCGCUCUAAUUCACAGAGAGCGCACCCGAAAACCCGAUAGCCCCUCCGAGAAAAUGGAGGUUCUCGUUGGAGACGUCCGGGACAAGGUCGCCAUUCUCAUAGAUGACAUGAUCGAUACGGGAUCAACUCUCGGUUUAGCUGUCCCAUUGUUGAAGGCUAAUGGCGCCUCGAAGGUGUAUGCUUUGAUUUCUCAUGGCCUUCUUUCUGAGACCAAGAUGAGCAUGAUCGAGGAGCUCCCACUAGAACAACUGGUGGUGACGAAUACGAUCCCUCAGCACUCGCACAAGGCAGCAUGCUCCAAGCUAGUCACGAUAGACGUCAGUCCUACCAUUGCCGAGAGUAUUCGUAGAACGCAUAAUGGGGAAAGUAUCAGCCUGCUCUUUGGGGAUUGGGCGGAGGGUGUUGGGGUGAACGGGGUCGGGUCAUAUUGAUGAAAACAGAAGUGUACAAGCCUAGAUGUACCAUUGUCCAUUUAUCAUCGCAACUUCAGCAUAUCC